AUGUUAAACUUCUUGAUUUCUAAUUUAAUAGCAUGCACUUGUAAUUUACUAUAUUAAUACUUUAUUAGUUGCCUAGAUAGUUUAUGAAGAAUUGAACGAAGUUUAAUUAUCUCAACUAUUUCAAACCAAUGUGAAAUAAUGUUCUGUUCUUGAUAAAAUUGAUUUCUACUUUAUUGAUCAAGAGUAACCCAAUCUUAAUUUUCAAUUUAAAAUAACAGAACCCCAUUAUGCUGUUGAAAUAUAUGUUGAUUUUUACCUUAUUGGUGAUUAUACAGAGUAAAAUGUUAAUAUAUACCUUGAUAACAUCUUAAUUGAUUAGUACUAAAAACUUAACAAAUACCCCUCACCAUUUUGUGAUAAUUAAGUUGAUACUGAAAUGGUUACAUACUUUACAACCUAUUCUCAUUUUUAGUAAGAUCUGAAUUUAAUAAUUUAAUUGGAAAAUACCUCAAAAUUUACUUUAGGAAUAAGGAACAUUUAAAUAGUACCUAAAAUAUGUCAUGAAUCAUGUACUCAAUGUGUUGGUCCUAAAGAAAACAAUUGUCGAUCUUGUGAAUUAGGAGUUCAACUUAAUAGAAAAACAAAUCAAUGUGUUUGCCCUUCUACACAACCAUAUUUCAGUAUAAAUAUGAAUUAAUGUUUAACUAAAUGUGAUAUCUCUGAAUAUUAUGAUAAAUAAUCCAAUAAAUGUUUGAUUGAUAAAAGUAUGAAAAAAAAUAUUAUAAUAGAUAUUGAAUAAAUGUAGACCUUUUUUUGGAAUAGUUAUGACUAUAAUGGAUGGACAAUUAUUGAAAAUUAAAUUGUAUAGGAAAUGCAAGACAAAACUUACUCUAAUGUUGUAGGAUUAUUUUCAAUAAAUUAAACUAUUAGCUAUUAAUUCAACAAUACAAAUCCCUUUUAAUCCAUUAGAAUAAGAGCAGAUAUUUACAUAUUUUAAUCACUUCUAAGACCUGAGAUUUACAUUUAAGUUGAUGAGAUUAAAACUAAUAUUAACCCAAUCUAUACUUAAACAAUUACAGGCUAGAACGGAUACAAAUUAUUUCAUAUUGAUUAUAUGAUUGAUGCCAAAUUAAAUUCAAACAUCUCUUUUUCAAUAAUCGGAGAUCCAAAUACAAAAUGGGGCAUUAAUUAAGUUGUAUUUAAUCAAUAAAAUUGUCAACCAUAAUGUUAACAAUGCUCAUCCAAAAAUACAUGUUAACUAUGUAAAUCAGGUUAUUUGUUAUAUUUAGGACAAUGUGUUUAAUCUUGUCCUAAAUAUUCAUCAUUAUAUAAUGAAGAUACUUGCAAAGAUGUAAAAGAAAAUUAUCCAAAUACAGAAGUAAUUAUGAGAGCGUUUGAUGAUAAUCUAAUUGUAAAUUUCUUAUAAAAAAAUGUUACAACUUUAGCCUCUCUUACAUAAAACUAUUUUGGAACAUAUUAUAAUGGAAUUAGAUAUUUUGGAGGUUUAAAAGAUGUAUCAAUAUAACUAUAUAAAAAAUCAUUCUAUUAAUUGCCACCUCAUUAUUAAGUCAUAGUUUAAUUCAAUAUACUAACAUUUGAAUUGAAUACAACAAGUCAAAUGCUUAAUUCUAUUGAACUUGAUUAAGAUAACAAAACUAUAUUAAUUAUUAAUUCAAAAUAAAAUUAAGUACAGGAAAUUAAUUAGUAAUUUGUACAUAAUUCAAACAAUCUACAAUUAUCUUUACUAUCUCAUUAAUAAAACUAUUCAAUUUUCAGUUUUGGAAUAUCAAAUUUAAAUGUUAUGAUUUCAAGAUGCUACCCAUUAUGUAAAUCAUGUAUUGGACCAAAUGAAUCUGAUUGCAAAGAAUGGAUAUAUGAUUAGAAUUCUAAUGAUUUCAAGAAAUGUAAAAAUGGUUUUAUUUUUGACAUACAAUAACAAAAGUGUGUUUUAUGUCCUCUAGGUUGUUAACAAUGUUCUGAUUAACAAACAUGUACUUAAUGUGAAGCUAAUUUCAUUAAAUAAGGAAAUAGUUGCUAUUGUUAGAGUGGCCGUAUUGAUGAUUUCACCUUAGAGUGUCUAAGUAAUUAUUAUAUUUAUAUAUCUUAGCCUAUGCAUGAA